UGCCGUCGAGCCCACCCUGUGACGUCACUUCCGGGAAGCAACCCGGAUGUUGUUGCCGCCGCGGUGGCCGCAGGACGGGGACGCGCUCGGCGCGGCGCUCCGGAUCACCCCGAACUCCGCUCCGAGGCCGCGGGGCCCGCGCCGUGACGUCAGCGCGGUGACGUAUAGCGCUUCUCCGUUCCCACCCGUCCGCCGGGCGGCGGCGACCCGAAGGCCGCCUCCAUGGCGUCCCCGGGGGGCGGGGCCUGCGGGGACGAGGAGUGCGAGGUAGUGCGCGUGCGCGUCCAGAAGACCGAGGGGCCGCAGCCGCCCGUGUUCCGCUCGUUCGCCGUGGACCCGCAGAUCACCUCGCUGGACGUCCUGCAGCACAUCCUGGCUCGCGCCUUCGACCUGCAGGGGAGGCGGAACUUCGCCCUCAGCUUCGCAGCCCGCGACGCUCAGGGCCGGGAGAGCUUCGUGCCGCUGCUGAGCGAUGGGGAUCUGGCGGCCGCCUUCACCGCCGCCCGGCCCGCCCUGCGCCUGCGCCUGGACGUGCGCCCCGCGGCCGACUGCCCGCUGCUGGAGGACUGGGACAUCAUCAGCCCCCGAGAGGUGGCGGCCGCCGAGCCCGCCCCGCCCCCCCCCGCCGAGCGCCGCUCGCUGCUGGCCGCCGCCGUGCCCUUCACGCAGGCGCUGUGGGCGCAGGUGGGCCGGACGUUGGCGCGGGCGCAGGCAGCUUUGGCCUGGUCCGACAGCACUUCCCAGACCCCCACCUCGCCGCCAUCCACCCCCCCUCCGCCGUGUGCCCCGCUGAGCGACGCCGACCUGCGCUCCUACCUGGGCCCCGGUGGGCGCCUGCUGCGGCCGCACGACCUCCGCCUGCACGUCUACCACGGCGGCGUGGAGCCUGGGCUGCGCAAGGUGGUGUGGCGUUACCUACUGAACGUCUUCCCCGCCGGGCUGUCAGGACAGGAGCGCCUGGCCCACCUGCGGCGCAAAGCCGACGAAUACACGGCGCUGAAAUCCCUGCUGGCCUCGCGGGCGGCCCCAGCAGAGCUGGCCUUGGUGGCGGCCGCCGUGCGCAAGGACGUGGUGCGCACCGACCGCGGGCACCCCUACUUCGGGGGUCCCGAGGAGGGGCACCCCCACCUGGCAGCGCUGCAGGCUCUGCUCACCACCUUCGCUUUGGGCCACCCGCGCCUCUCCUACUGCCAGGGUAUGUCGGACGUGGCUGCGCCGCUGCUGGCCGUGCUGGACGAUGAGGCUCAGGCCUUCCUCUGCUUCUGCUCCUUAAUGCGGCGCUUGGGGCCGCGCUUCCGCCCGGGGGGCCGAGGUUUGGCCCGGGCUUUUUCCCACCUGAGGCGGCUGCUGCGCCGCGCAGAUCCGCCCUUCUGGGCCUUCCUGGCCGCCCGCGGCGCCCACGAUUUGCUCUUCUGUUACCGCUGGCUGCUGCUGGAGCUGAAGCGCGAGUUUGCCUUCGAGGACGCGCUGCGGGUGCUGGAGAUCACCUGGAGUUCCCUGCCGCCCGCCCCACCGCCACCCCCCGAGGGGAUCCCGCUGCUGGGAGCGCCCCUGGGGGCACGCAGGGCACGGCGGGGGCUGCGGGAGAGGAGGGGGAUGCGGCCUCGGCCUCCCCGGCGCCGGAGGGAGAAGCGGGGAGGGGGCGUCCAGGAGGGUCCUGGCAGCUCCGAGGACAAACUGAAGGCUGACGGGUUGGAGCCCAUCGCCUGUGGUCCCGAUGUGUGUAAAAAUGAUGGCCCAGAGGAUCUCAAAAUCAGCAGGGAAAGUUCCGCUGUCCCAAAGAAGCCCGCAGACGUUUCCACUGCAGAGAUCUGUGCCCAACCCGACGUCUCCAGGAAGGCUCAUGAGAACAGCAAAGUGAUGUCAGCAGAUCUCAAAAGCUGCAGGGGAGGCGUUGGAGGCCCCGAGAGCUUUGAAGACAUCGGCACAAAGGGUGCCUACGAAGGUCUGAGCGUCCCCAGAGCGAUGCAGACCCCAAAGGAGGUCGGGGGGAACCACAGUGAGGUCGGUGGUGACUGCGGGGAGGUGAGUGUGGAGCUCAGAGGGGCCAGCAGGAGCUCCAGCAUCCAAAAAGAAGUUUGUGAAGAACCCAGAGAGGCCGGUGGGGAUCUCAGCGAUACCAAAGAGGUCAGUGAAGAUCCCAUAAAGAUUAUCAAAGAUGAUAAAACUCCCAAAGAGGUCAGCGGGGACCCUAAAGGGAUUGGUGAAGUCACCAAAGGGGUCGGCAAGGACCCCAGUGCUGCCAAGGAGUUUGGUGAAGACCCCAAAGAGGUCGGUAGUGACCCCAGGGAGGUCGGUGAAGGCCCCGCCGUUGCUGGGGAGCUCGGUGAAGAUCCCACAGAGGUACGUGACGACCCCACAGACCCACACAGCGACCCUACAGCUGUGGAUGCAAAUCCCAGCACGGCCACUGAUGCCCUGGAGGACCCGUGGGCGGGAGGCUGGGCUUGGGAGGACUCGUGGUCCUCCUCUUCCUCCUCCUCCUCCUCUUCCUCGGAGGAAGAAGAGGUGGGUGUGGAAGAUGACGGGGCACCGCUGCCGCCGCCAGCAGAGCUGGGCCAGGGGAAUCCCUUCCUGCUGUUCGUGUGCCUGGCCAUGCUGCUGGAGCAGCGGGAGGCGGUGAUGGCACGGGCCGGUGACUACAACGAGGUUGCCAUGCACUUCGACCGCCUGGUCAGGAGGCACCAGCUGCCCCGCGUCCUGCGCAGAGCCAAGGGGCUCUUUGCCCGCUACCUGGAGGGCUGGGGGGGAGCGGCUCCGGGGAGCCCCACGCGUGGGUAGGGGGGACCCCACGGGGGAGUUGGGGGGUGGGGGGGAACCCCACGGGGGUUGUGGGCUGAGGUGGGACUGCUGAGUUGAUGUGGGACCCCAUAAAGACUCCAUGGGGGCUCAUCAGGUUAAUAUGGCAACCCCAGAUAGACUUCAUGGGGAGCAACCUGUAUAGACCCUUGUAGGGGAGCUGGAGAUUGAGGUGGGACCCCAUAAAGACCCCAUGGGGACUAGUGAAGUUAAUAUGGCAACCCCAGAUAGAUCUCAUGCGGAGCAACCCCAUAUAGACCCUACUGGGGAGCUGGAGGUUGAGGUGGGACCCCAAAAGACCCCCCAGGACUCGUUAGGUUAAUAUGGCAACCCCAGACAGACCCUAUGGGGAACUGGGACCCCAUGGAGAUGCCUAGGCUCAUAUGGGGACCCCGCCUCCUUGGGGACCCUGUUGACCCCCUGUGGUUGCAGAGGCCCCCCAGCUCUCCCCACAUCCCCCACAUCCCAUGGAGUGGCCACAGAGCCCAGCGUAGCCCAGUGCCUCCCAGUACAAAGCACUACAGCGUCCCAGCUGGGAGCUGCCCUGAGUUGGACCAGUAUGGACCAGUAUGGACCAGUACUGCUUCCCAACUGGGAUCACUGCACCAACAUCCGCGCGGCCUUCAGCCCCCCCCCAGCACGGAUCAGCACAGACCAGUAUGGCAGCUCAACUGGAACUCCAUCUGCGUGGCCUUGCGUCGUCCCAGUAAGGACCAGUACAGACCAGUACAGCAUCGUGCCCGGGAUCUUCUCACCUGCGUGGCCUUGUGUUUUCCCAGUAAGGACCAGUACAGAGCAGCUGGGCUUCCCAGCUGGGAUCUCAUCUCAUCUAUGAGUUCUCCCAGUACGGACCAGUGCACCCCAGUUCCUGUCCCCAGGUGCCUUUUGCCCCCCCUUAUUUAUUUCCCCCCCCGCUAUGGGGCACCGAUGGCACAAAUAAAGCUGAGGCCUGGC